GUUUUCUUCCCCUCUUCUUUUUCUUCACUUAGCUUCUUUAAUGUUUGAAAUUCUGCUCUCAUUUCACCUUUCUUUAAAGAUCCAAUCUCCAUCGCCCACUUUAUUUCAGCUUUUAUCUCUCUCAAAUUCUACCAAAUUCGGUUCCUUUUUGUAAUUUUCUUUUCUGUCGAUUUAGGGCUCACUUUUUGACCCCGUUGUCUCAUUUUUCGAAAUCAGUACGAAACCCACUGCGUUUUGUCCAUUUUAGGUCUUUGGCAUUAGAUUCAGUUUAUAAUUUUAAAAAAAAAUCUCUUUCUAGGGCCAGAUCAGAGGACGGGUUUUUAUUUAAUUUUAAUUUAUAUUUGGAUGUUUUAGGGGGUUUUAUGGGCAGUCUGAUUUAUUGACUUUUGGAUUGAUAUGUUGACCUGGAUUGGCUAAAAUUGGCAGUUUUGAAUUGAAUUGAUGCUGCAUGUGGAGGAUUGUGUAGGUUUGUGAUCAAAGUUUAGUGCUUUAGUGUCGAGUUAUAUUUGCUAUUAGAAAUUUAGGGUUUAGGGUUUUUAUUUUGAUAAAUCAAAGUUUGCAUGUGUAAACAUCAAGGGGUCCUCUGCUUACUUGUAGAGGAUCCCUGCUUUGUAUAGCAACAAACCAUAAAAAAACUAUUGGGAUCUUGAGUCAUUCUGAUUUGAAGAUGUAUUGGAGGAAGACAAUAGUUCAUUGAUUUGAGUUUUUGUGGAGAAGAAUUCAAGUGGGGUUGCGUUGAAAUUUGCAUUUGGUGGAUUCUGAUUUGUUUAUGUGUAGAUAAGAAUUCAAUUUAAGUUUAGAACGAAAUGUUUAGGCCUGGUCCAGGCAGUGGGCAUGAAAAUAGUGGGGUUGUGGGUACUUUGAUUCCGGUUCGGUUUAUGUGGCCACACGGAGGGACAAGGGUGCUUCUCAGUGGCUCUUUUUCUGGGUGGUUAGAACAUAUGCCCAUGUCACCAUUGGAAGGAUGUCCUAAUGUGUUUCAGAUCAUUUGCAGGUUACCGCCAGGAUCCCACCAGUAUAAAUUCUGUGUUGAUGGCGAAUGGCAUCAUGUUGAGGAACAGCCCUAUGUAAGUGGGAAUUAUGGGGUAGUGAAUACCGUCCUUGUACCUGCAGAACCGAACACCAUGGUUUUUACGGCCUCAAUCCCUGAGAUACCUGGUAACAUGGAGGUAGAUGAUGUUAUUUUGCGUCCGGAUGCUGCUGCACAAAUCUCAGAGGCUGUUUUAGGGGUCUCUCGUCAGCGCAUAUCUGUAUUUUUGUCUACACAUACCGUAUAUGAGUUGCUUCCCGAGUCAGGCAAGGUUAUUUCCUUGGAUGUCAAUCUACCUGUGAAACAAGCAUUUCAUAUUCUCUAUGAACAGGGAGUCCCUGUGGCUCCUCUUUGGGACUUCUGCAGAGGUCAAUUUGUUGGAGUUCUUACUGCAUUGGACUUCAUCCUGAUCUUAAGAGAGUUAGGGACUAAUGGAUCAAAUUUAACGGAGGAAGAAUUAGAGACACAUACCAUUGCAGCUUGGAAAGAAGGGAAAACCGUUCUUAAUCGACAAAUUGAAGGCAAUGGUUUUACACAUCCUAAACCUUUUGUCCAUGCUGGUCCAUAUGAUUCUAUGAAGGAAGUCGCUUUGAAAAUUUUGCAAAACAAGGUGGCCACAGUUCCCAUUAUCAAUUCAGCAUCACCGGAUGGUUCUUUCCCACAGCUAUUACAUCUUGCAUCUCUGUCUGGAAUACUAAAAUGCAUAUGUCGGCAUUUUAAAUAUUCUUCUAGCUCAUUGCCCAUUCUUCAACAACCAAUAUCUUCAAUCCGUUUGGGUACAUGGGUACCACCAAUUGGGCAAUCAAAUGGGCGGCCAUUCGCAAUGUUGAGACCAAACGCUUCGCUUGGUUCUGCCCUAUCUUUAUUGGUUCAAGCUGAAGUCAGUUCGAUACCCAUUGUGGAUGAUAAUGACUCGUUGGUGGAUAUAUAUUCACGAAGUGAUAUCACUGCUUUGGCCAAAGAUAGAGUUUAUGCUCAGAGACAACUCGAGGAAAUGAGUAUUCAUCAGGCGUUGCAAUUGGGACAAGAUGCAAAUCCUUCAUAUGGCUUCAACGGACAGAGAUGUCAAAUGUGUUUGCGAUCUGAUCCUUUACAUAAAGUGAUGGAGCGGCUGACAAAUCCUGGUGUGAGGAGACUUAUUAUCGUUGAGGCUGGCAGCAAGCGUGUAGAAGUGCAGUGUUGGAGCUGUUGAAAAUGGAGAAAACAAAGAGAGUUGGAAAAAGAAUAUUAUUUUUCCCUUCACUUCUUUAACGAAAUUGGCAGAUGUUCAGUCGAGACAUCAGAUUUGACUUUAAUUUUACAAUUUAAUUGAAUGAAUAAAAUGACAAUGUAUCAUUCAUUAUUUAAAUGAAAUGCAACGUUUUCUUCUUCUUAAGUUUAUCUUCAACUUUUCUCGUGACAUUCAAAUUCUACUGUUUCAGUCUGCAUCAGUUUCUCUUUUCUCUAGGUUCCUUGUCUUCAAGGGAGAAUGUAGGAGACUUGCCUUGGAUUUCAUCUACUAACUACCAUGUAGUUGUUUCAGCUGGUUUCACUUGCUAUUGCAUUAGUAAUUGACUGUAGGAGCAUUCCCUUAACCAAAUUCUGAUGAAGGAUAGUCUGUAGAGUGAGUUGGUCAGAUUGGACAUAGUGCGGUAGUAGAGAAGAAGCUUGUGCCCAAGCAUGCAUUGGCCUAACAAGGACACAUGAAGCACAUCAAGAAUAGCUGUUUCAGCUGACAAUUUGAGUUUGUAAGCCACCUUUCCAAUUACUUCCUGGAAUCGUCCAAAGAACUAUAGGUUGCAGUUUAUGGUUUCCCUUAUGAAUCCAGUCUAUAAGUUGUAAUUUCACAUGGACUUAAUCUCCUAUCUAGAAUUGUCGAUCAAUCCUCCUUUGGCCAGUCAUUGUCAUAUAUCCUUUAUUGAACCCUUUCUCGAUUGUGCCUGAGGACCUGCUAGGUAGUUUCUCUCAGCCUUAACAUAGUGUCGACUGAAUCUACUCUAGAAUCUUUAGGAAGUAUAAAAUGUUGAGUGUUGGGAGCUAGCUAUCACACCUUUAUUUUCGAGACCAAAGACAUAGCCAAAUGUGCGAUAGGUUUGACCAAGACUGGUGACACUACAUAGUAAGAGUUGUGCAUAACUAUUUGUGACAAUUGGUCGAGGAUGCCAAUAUAUCAACAUGCUUUGGAGUGGAGCAUGUCUGGGUGUUAGUUUGAGAUCUUACACAACUUAGACAAGGCUGGUUGGCUUGGGAGAGUGUCUGCCAUGAGAAAUAUGAGCAAAGUGCAUGGACUGGGCAAGCUGGACGUGAGUAGCCCGGUGGCAUGGGAGCAGUUAAUAUAUUUGAGCUGGCACUUUUCAGGUUCUACCAUAUCUUCAAACCUGCAAUAAUGAGGAUAAAAUCUCCUUGAUCAGGGUGGAGCAAUUCAAGGGAGUAUAUACUAGAAUUUCCUACAAUCAAGCUGGACUGAUUGCACAUAUCCUUUGUAUGACUGACCAUCGAGUAUGAACAUCUCUAUCCUAAUAGACAAAUGAUCAUGCAUCUUUCUUGUA